GCCAGAUCAGGCUCAAAGACCGACCAACCAAGCUGGUGCAUACACAAAUGGGUUGACCAACGAGAUUCAGUCCAAUCAUUCGAUCAGAACGAAAUCCAAGAAACCAACAAAGUGGAGUUGCUGGCGCUUGCGCCGUAAUGAUACCUUGUGGGUACACAACGGGGGUCACCUCGCUGCCAACAGCUUCGACCAGGAAGCAGCAUUUAACCCGGUCUUUCCCCUCAAACUUGAUCCAGUGUGUCCUCUUGAAGCCGUUCUCUUCUUCGGACCGACAUAUGCAAGCUGCGCAAUCUUUAAGCAUACUAUGGCCGAAACUAACGACAGUGUUCCGAAAUAUAAUUCUCGAGACAACGACGGCGCCUCAAUUACAAGUGGCAAUUCUAUCCAUGAUUCCCUGUUUUCUUUGCGGUCGAGUAUCCUUGACUAUCGGAAGGAAAAUGGACGCACGUAUCAUAGGGUCAGUGAUGGGAAGUACUACCUUCCAAACGAUGAGGCGGAACAAGAUCGUCUAGAUUUCGCCAACCAUUUGUGGAUAAUUACAUGGGACGGCAAGUUGUGUAAUUGCCCUAAACUCGAGGGCGCCAGACGAGUCUUGGAUGUUGGAACUGGGACGGGCAUCUGGGCCCUUGAUUACGCGGAAGCUCACCCCGAAGCAAGAGUUAUUGGUGUUGAUCUUAGCCCCAUCCAACCCGUCUACGUUCCAGCCAAUUGCCGCUUUGAAAUUGAUGAUCUUGAGGAAGAAUGGACUUGGACAGAGCUCUUCGACUUCAUAAUGAUCAGAUCAAUGGUUGGAAGUUUCAAAAGCUGGUCCGACACCAUCAAGCAAGCCUACGACAACUUGGAACCGGGGGGGUAUCUUGAGAUCCAAGACAACGAGUUCCCUAUCUUCUGUGAUGACGGUUCCAUGACCGCAGACUCUCAAGUCCUGAAGUGGACUCAGCUCGUUAUCGAAGCUACGAACAUUGCGGGGAAGUCAAUGACUAUUGCGCCUACCUUCAAGCAAUUGCUCGAGGAUGCCGGCUUUGAAGAUGUCCAGGUACGCCAUGAGAAAUGGCCCAUUAGCCCAUGGCAGCAAAAGGAUCCAAAGCAGAGGGAGCUAGGAAUCUGCUGUAGAGAGGGUACCAUGGAAGGUCUUGAGCCGAUUUGCAUGGCCCUAUUCACGCGGAUCCUUGGCUGGAGUCGAGUGCAGGUUUUGGUGUUCUGCGCAGGGGUCAGAGAGGAAUUGAUACAGCAAAGGGUUCACGGCUACUUCAAUGCGUACGCUGCCUGGGGUCGGAAGCCUGAGAAGAAAGCAAGGCCAGAGACUACCUAAUUAGACAUGACACAGCAUAGUGCUUCUUACUUCAUAAUACUAUCUAGACCUCGUUCAAAAGCAAAGCAGUCUCCAAUCUGAAUCGCUGCGGAUUGUAGGUAGACG